CCAGGCUUUUCUACCCUUACUGGUCGGGUUAUUAAACGUCUUGAGUUUCCCCACACUAUCUUCAACGAUCAAUUUUAUAUAAGGGUCGAACUAUCAUGGUCUAUAAACUUAAGGAGCAUUAUCAAUACCACUGGAGUUCCGUACCUAACCUUUGCCAAGCCAAUUUAUCAUAUCAGGUGGUUCGAACUACAUGUCACAACCGCACCAAAGCACAGCCACGACCAUGGUAUAGAAGGUAGUAUACGAUUCGGAGCUGAAAGCGAACAUGUCCCCACGGGGCGAUGCUACGCCAAUUGCGCGUAUGUGUCAGGCCGGCGCCUAUACUAUCCUAGAUACCUAGGUAGGUAAUGCGGCUGAGACUUGGCAACAUCAUAUGGUCGCUACAAGUUUGGCCACUUCGAGCAUUCCGAUUUUCUACUAAUUACCUAUCUAAAGAGUUAAUAGUUAAAUCAAAACUGCUCUUUGAAGUCUACCUAUUAUAGCCUUCCUACAUUAGCUUGUCAACAAUGCGCUCCUACCGCAUAACAAUUAUGGCUACGUUGGACUAGACUACAUUUUUAGCAAUACCUACUGCAUAAAACUCCAAAAUGCAGAGUCUAUUCAGUUCCGCCAAGGAUAUUGCUAAGGGCGUGCGCUUAGCAGCCGAUACCGCGGUUUGGGCUGGAAACACCGUCUCGCGGCAUAUAAAAGGAGGCAAGACGGGUAUUUGUCUCGUUUGCAAUAACCUACAGCCUUACGGACACGAGGAUAUGUUUGGCCGGCCCAGUGCUGCGUGGAACCAGAUCAACGAUCCCCAGCAAGCUGCUCGAAAGAAGCAGCUUGCCUCCGUUCCCACUCUCGUCUUGGAAGAGAUAUCAACGAAGAAGAUUUUAGAGAGUCGCGAAGUUGAUCCUCAGACUGGUCGUCCUAAGAACGAUUGCAAGUAUUGCCGGCUCCUUUGCGAAAUAUUUGACGCAUACUUCAUCGACGAAUGGAUGAGCUGGGUUACGGAGACCAUAAACGGUAUGCCGAUACAGGUCGGUCUCAUGAUUAGAGAAGGGCAACCUUUGAUAAUUAACUGCUGGAACUUUACGUACGAUAAAUGGUUUCAGAAUCCGAGGGUAGAUCUGGAAUUGUACAUGGACCCUAUGCCUCCAUCCCCUAUACCAGGAGCUCCUGCAAUGGGGCCUGUAGGUUCUCGUGCGGCGGAUGUCCGGUCUGAGGAAUGUAUGAGGUUUAUGAAGGAAAGCAUUAAUGAAUGCUGUAGAGAACAUCCUGGAUGUGCCGCACGGCCUAAUGGCUUCGUUCCGACAAGGUUAAUAUACGUUGGCGGAGGAAAAGACGCGCUCAGACUCUGCGAUGCCAUUUCUAAAAGAGAAAACGUUGUGUGGGCAGCGCUAAGUCAUUGUUGGGGUGGCGGCAAGCCGCUAUCGUUGACAAAGUCGACCCUGGAUAAUUUCAAAGAGCAUAUUGAUUUCUCAGAGUUACCGUCGACGUUUCAAGAUGCAAUCAGUGUUACUCGAGAGCUUGGAUUGUCAUAUGUUUGGAUAGACUCCCUUUGUAUCGUCCAAGAUGACAAGACAGACUGGGAGAAGGAGGCAGCUCUCAUGGGUGAGGUGUAUAGCCGUGCGUUUAUUGUUAUCAGUGGUGCCUCUUCGUCCAAUCCUAGUACGCCGUACUUACGACCCCGAGAAGAAGAAUGGCUUCCGAAGCGUUUCAAUUUUCCCAUUGCACCCGGUGCUAAUAUACCGAUUAUGGUCCGACAGCGCCAUCUCUUAGCAGCGCCGCUUGACCAGGGGCUACUCGAGCCGCCUUUCACGAGUUCAUGGGCCACGUUGAAAAAAGUUGGUCCCCUUUAUGCGCGGGGAUGGUGUUUUCAGGAAUCGUUCCUCGCGUCACGGAUCCUCAACUUCGCUCCAGGUGCUAUCAUAUACGAAUGUCGGACGCAUCGGAAGAGCGAAGAUCAACUACCUCCUUAUCCGUCCACAGUCCCUGGCUCAUUGGGCGAAGUAAGCCCCUUGGAACAGUGGCACAUGAUUGUCAAAUCAUACACUUCGCGCCAGUUAACGUUCACCAGUGACAAACUCCCGGCGAUAGCCGGCGCUGCUACUAUCAUGCCGCAGGUGAGGACCAGUAAAUAUCUUGCCGGCCUAUGGAGCGAGUCUCUGCUUUUAGAUCUUCUUUGGCAAGUAAUGCCAGGCCGCGCACAUCAACCACUAAUGACGAAAGAACACGAAGAGAAUGCGCCAACAUGGUCAUGGGCAUCAAUGAAUUGGGGUGUGGUUUGGAACUCAGUGCAGGAUCCGCAGUUUCUUGCCUCUGUGGUCGAUGCCCGGACAAAUGUAGUAGGGGCCAACCCUUACGGGCAAGUAUCAGGGGGCACCAUCACUCUCCGAGGCCGCAUCAAGUAUUGUCGGCUUUCAGCCGACUACCAUAGUAAUGAACACUGGGUUUACUACCAAAAAGCCGAUGGGUCCUACAGCCGAAAGCAGCACUUCCGAACCGAUGGCGCUUUGGAGUCAUGGGCUAUAGUACCUGGACAGACUGACCCCUCCGCCCGCCGGUCGCGAGUUACAACAUCUGGAAUUGCGUUGGAGACGGGGGCUGCAUUUUUCUGUAUUGCAAAGUCCCAUUGGAUGCAUAGAAAUCACAUGGGUUUGAUAUUAGGCACGUCGCCAAGGUUUCCUCAGUGGAAGGAGAGGGUAGGAAGCAUCUCCAAUUUGCCCAAGGAUUGGUACGACACUGGCGUAGACGCCACAAUAACUAUAGUAUAGAUAACUAGUAAUAGUAUGUCAAAGGCCAGCCCAUGACAAGGUGUGCUUGGACUAUCAGGAGAUAGAGGCUGAAAUGUCCUGAAACCGGGAUUCAUGUUCAACUCUUCUUCAUAACCGGCCGUAGCUAGCCGCCAGAUAACUAUGUUGG